AUGCGUACGCUUGAAUGGGCGGUCAUUGGGCUGGGGCUUGUGUCGGGGGUAAAGGCAUUGACGCCUGAAGGGCUAAUUGCAGCUCCCCGGCGUGGCGAGGCUGUCCCCAAUCCUUCCGGCGAAGUGGCUUUGUUCUCAGCAUCGGAGUACUCCUGGGCAACUCAUAAAACUUCCUCGACGUGGAACUUGAUCGAUCUGAAAAGUGGCAAGAUCACAGUGCUCACCAACGACAGCAAUGUCUCCGAGGUGAUCUGGCUGGGCACCGAUGAUUCUGGCCUCUUGUACAUCAAUGGCACCAAUUCUGAUAUCCCCGGUGGCGUCGAGUUGUGGGUGUCUGAUACAGCCAAAUUUGAGAAGUCUCGGUACAAGGCAGCCUCUCUCGCAGCGCCAUUCUCCGGUCUCAAGACAGCGAUCACCAAGGGAGGUGAUAUCAAUUUCCUAGUGUAUGCUCAAUCCUAUGGAAAUGGAACCGCCUACAAUGAGGAACUGGCAGCCAAGCCACUGAGCACUGCUCGCAUCUACGACAGCAUCUACGUACGCCACUGGGAUACCUGGUUGACGACUACUUUCAACGCUGUUUUCUCCGGCACUCUCAAGAAGAAGAAGGACGGACAGUGGGCUAAUUCUCGCUACACCUCCGACAGCCCGCUCAAGAACCUCGUCGCUGGCGUCAAGAAUCUAGAAUCACCAUAUCCACCAUUCGGUGACUCGUCGGAUUACGACAUCUCUGCCGACGGAAAGUGGGUUGCUUUCAAGAGCAAAGCCCCGGAAUUGCCCCGAGCCAAUCACACUGCAUCUUAUAUCUACCUCGUUCCGCACGAUGGCUCUAAGAAGCCCGAGGUUAUCAAUGGUCCAGACAGCCGUGGCACUCCCAAGGGCGUUAAGGGUGAUUCCAGCAGCCCCUCAUUCUCCCCGGACAGUCGGCGCAUUGCAUACUUCCAAAUGGAGAACAUUGCGUACGAGUCUGAUCGCCGUGUUACCUAUGUCUACACCAUUGGUUCUAAGAAGACCAUCCAGGCCGUGGCUAAGGAUUGGGACCGGUCCCCUGACGCAGUCAAGUGGACGGCCGAUGGCAAGGACCUCAUUGUCAAUGCUGAAGACCACGGUCGUGGGCGUCUGUUUUUGCUUCCUGCCGAUGCUCGCGAUGAUUAUAAGCCGCAAAACUUCACCAGCACCGGCUCUGUCAAGGGCUUCCGCAACCUUCCCAACGGUGAUUUGUUGAUCACUGGCUCGGCUAUCUGGACUAGCUGGAAUGUGUACACUGCGAACCCGAAGCACGGUGUGGUCUCCACGCUGAUCUCUGCCAACGAGGUCGAUCCCGCUUUGAAGGGACUGGGCCCAGCUGAUUUGGAUGAGUUCUACUAUCAAGGAAACUGGACCAAGAUUCACUCUUGGCUCAUCUACCCUGCCAACUUUGACAAGUCUCAAAAGUAUCCACUGAUUUUCUAUGUCCACGGUGGACCCCAAGGCUCGUGGGCCGAUUCUUGGAGUACUCGGUGGAAUCCUAAGGUUUGGGCGGACCAGGGCUACGUGGUGGUCGCGCCCAAUCCCACUGGCAGCACUGGCUUUGGACAGGCGCUGACUGAUGCUAUCACGAACAACUGGGGUAGCUACCCCUACGAUGAUCUCGUCAAGGCCUGGGAGUAUGUCCGAGACAACUUUGACUUCAUCGACACGGACAAUGGUGUCGCUGCGGGUGCCAGUUACGGAGGUUUCAUGAUGAAUUGGAUCCAGGGUAACCCUCUGGGACGGGAGUUCAAGGCACUUGUCACUCAUGACGGAACCUUUGUGGCUGAUGCUAAGAUUUCCACCGAGGAGCUCUGGUUUACUGAGCAUGAUUUCAACGGUACCUUCUGGGCCAACCGAGACAACUACCGCCGCUGGGAUCCCUCUGCGCCGGAGCACAUCCUGCAAUUCAGCACUCCCACAUUGGUCAUCCACAGCACCAAGGAUUAUCGUCUGGCCGAAUCUGAGGGUCUAAGUCUCUUCAAUGUUCUCCAAGAACGGGGUGUUCCCAGUCGGCUGCUAAACUUCCCUGAUGAGAACCACUGGGUCACGAACAAGGAGAACAGUCUAGUGUGGCAUCAACAAGUGCUGGGCUGGAUCAACAAGUACUCUGGCGUUGGAGCUAAGAACCCCGAUGCCAUUAGCCUGGAUGAUACCACGAUUCCAGUGGUAAACUACAAUCCUUGA